AUGGCGGCGUCGCUCCGUCCAACAGCAAGGCAAGCCAAAGGCAACAGCAGCAGCAGCACCGCUCCUCUCGUCUCCACUGCCAACGGCAGCGUCCUGCCCCAGGAUUUGCUCUACGAGAUCCUGGUGCGCAUCCCGGCGAAGACGCUUUGCCGCCUCCGUGCCGUCUGCCGGUCAUGGCGGUCCCUCCUCUCCGACUCGUCCUUCGUUACCGCCCACAAUACCCUCCACGGACCGCUCGUCGCCUCCUUCAAGUGGGAGCCGGGCCAGCCGGCAGGCAUCCACAUCCUAGACAGGUCCGGCAACACCGUCAGGCAUAUACGUUUCGAGACUGGGUUUCAAAGUUACUCCUGGAUCGUGGCGUGCAGCAACCUUGACGUGAUCUGCCGCUUUGGUGCGGACGAGCGCCCCCGCCUGAUCGACCCAGCCACCGGUGUCAUCUCCCUAUUGCCCGAUGACCCAGAGUUCAACCAUAACAAGCACACCACCAGAUUUGGGUUCGGCUGGGCCUCCUCAACCGGGGAGACCAAGGUGCUGGCCAUCACUGCAAGCCUCACGACAGUCCGUUGCUGCAAGGUCCUCACCCUCGGUGGCGCCGGAGAGUGGAGGGAGACAGGUUGCCCCAUGACUAAACUUGCAACUACUCCUAGGUGUGUGGCCCUUGCCAAGGGGGUCCUCUAUUUCUUGGGCUAUACAAACUGCUACCCCGAUCACAUUGCAGCAUACGACCUCCAGACGGAGCAAUGGCGGCCGGAUCUCGUGCACUUGCCGCUCCCAGUCCGAUGCCACGUUUCCUUGGCUGAGCUGAGCGAUAACUUGGUUGCAGUCUACAACCGUAACGUUGAUAGCCAUAUUUCCAAGGAUUUGUGGUUCCUCACGGACGCUGAGAAGCUUCUCUGGUCGAAGCGAUACACGAUCACCAUGCCUUACCCAAAGACGUUUGACAGGAUGAUGGGAAGAUGGGCAGAUUGUUUUCCCUUGUGGAAACUGGAUGAUGGGAAGAUUGUCUUCUGGGUGUCGCUGUACCUGAAUGGUGGUGACGUGCGAGUAGUGCAUUUUUUGCGGGUGUACGAUCCCCCGACAAACACUUACACGGAUGGGGCAGACAUGCCUGGCUAUACCUUUUUCGGUGUGUACAAAGGCAGCUUACUUGCUGGUCAUCCAUGGACCAGGAAUCAAGCGGGUAUAUAA